CUCGUCGUGUUUGUCGUGUUAUUCACUUCAAUGUGCAUGUUACUCUACCGUGGAACUGAAUAGCAAAAUGUCGCGCGCGUGUUCGAACCGUAACUCGGUUACUUCUGUUCGUACUGUUGCUGAUAUGAGACGAGCAAUGCAGGCUCUCAGAAGAUCUAUUAAGGGCGACAAGGACAAAAGUCCACAAAUCUCUAUCGCGCCCAAAUCUGCCGUCGCCAUAGUCCCUCCUAAAAAGGUUAUUCGAGCACUUUAUGAUUAUGAAGCUCAGUCGACACAAGAGCUGAGCUUUUCACGUGGUGACUUCUUUCAUGUUAUCGGCCGUGAAGAGGACACCGACUGGUAUGAAGCAUGCAACCCAGCCCUCCCGGAUGCACGGGGUCUUGUCCCCGUUUCAUUUUUCCAAGCGCUGGGGCGUACCGAGAGGGACAGCGGACAGUCUGAUAGUGGUCCAAGACUACCUGCUAAGAAGGAAGACCACGACUCUGGCUUCUCAGAAACUAACACAGUACCACCAACGCCAGCGCUCAGUCAACGAAGCUCUAAGUCGAUAGGGAAAACGGGCGCUAUGGUGUAUGGUAUCGUCAUGUACGACUUCCAAGCCGAAAGACCCGACGAAUUAGAGGCGAAAGCUGGAGAGGCAAUUAUUGUGAUUGCGCAAUCAAAUCCAGAGUGGUUCGUCGCUAAGCCUAUUGGCCGGCUUGGUGGUCCGGGACUCAUUCCCGUGUCAUUUGUCGAAAUCAGAGACAUGGCAACUGAUACUGCUGUCGCAAAUGCGCAGGACGCUGUCAAACGUGCUGGCGUUCCCCGAGUAGAGGAGUGGAAGAAGAUGGCUGCCGACUACAAGAAUAGCAGUAUCACGCUGGGCAAGUUCGAGGGUGGUGGGCCACCGGGACAGCAGCCUUUGGAGCAAGGCAUGGAACGCCUGAGUCUUCAACAGCAACGCAACCGCCAGAGCCAACAGCAAACUUCUUCAUUUCCACAACAGCAGAGUGGCGCGUUACAGUCACAACGCAACACAUUGCAGCAAAAUCUUAUGGGUCCCAAGCCUACUUCCCAGCUAUAUGCGCCUAUUUCUGCUAAAAUCCCCAGAUACUGCUUCGCCGAAGACAAGUAUUGGUUCGUCAUUGAAGCGGCUCUGGAGGAUGGUCGUCAUUGGGAGCUUUCACGUUAUUACGAGGAUUUCUAUGAUUUCCAGAUUGCUCUCUUAACCGAAUUCCCGGCAGAAGCCGGAAAUACAGGCACACAGAAACGAUCACUACCGUAUAUGCCUGGUCCUGUCAACUACGUAACCGAUGCAAUCACCGAAGGCCGGCUGCAUAAUUUGGAUCAAUACGUCAAAAAUCUAUUAGGACAACCAGCCUACAUAUCUAAGUGCAACUUAGUCAAGCAGUUCUUCGCCCCAAGGGAGGGUGAUUAUGAAGUCGAUGCCAACUCAUUGGGUGACGAAUAUCGUUUAUCGGGAGGAUCACGAUCGUCCACAGACUCGCCGAAGGAUGAGCACUCUCGACAAUCAUCACGCAACAAUUUGAACGGCCCCGGAUAUUCCGGACUAUCUGCUGCUCCGCGACAGAUGCAGAAUGGACAGACACAGAUGACUCGCCAGGCAUCGUCGCUCUCGCAGCCUUCUCAAUCUUCCUUAUCACCAGGUAUCAGCCAAAAUGCUGCGGCUAUCAAAGUCAAGAUACAUUUCAACAAUGACACCUUCUUGAUCCGAGUACCUGGCGAUAUCAACUUCCCACAGCUAUAUGAGAAGAUAAGAGAACGUACCAAGGUAGCAAGUGGCGAACAGAUCCAGCUGUUCUACCGAGAUGAAGCAACCGGUGACAAGCUGAACCUCAUGAGUAAUAAUGAUCUCAGCUAUGCCCUAGAACAUAACGACAAGCUAGUCAUUUUUGUUGAGCAAGUAUAGAUCUCGAUUAUUCACUAAUAUCCUCCACGGUUAACGAUUCUUCGCGAUAUACCCUUUAUAUUUUAUUGCUAGCAUCUACGACCGGGAACCACAUCUGGCUAUGACUCAGGCAUGGCAUCUAUGCAAUGCUGCACAUAUCUAGCAUAUUGUUGUCACUAUUAACUCAUAACACCUUUCUUACCAGCACCUGCCGUGCACCAGCCGCACU